AUGUCAAGUAGCAUCAUUGCCAGUAUUCAACCAGCAAAAACCAGGUUAGUCUUUUUUCUUCAAGAGAUAAAUUCCCUAGAAUUCGAAUCUCCGGACCCAAACUCCUCAUUAGACCAACAGAGAAUCCUUUACACAACAAGGAAACAAGUGCUCGCUGACAAAUUCGACAGAAUCCAAUUAUGUGUUAAGGAGCUCGAAGUUGCCUACGACACAGGCUCAAGUAUAUUCAAACCAUCACUGCGGCGAAAAAAAGGGAAGAGAGGAAAAGGCUUACGAAUGCGUCACAGAGGGUGA